GGCAGGUCAGACGAACGAGCGCAGAUAUGAGAAAACAGGGGAGCGGCACGCGCUGACCCGAAUCUGCGGGCACACCGAGAACACAGCCGACGCGCACCGUCGGCGGACGGACCGGCAAGAGAGCGGCUGCCAUGGUGUGAUCUACCGAGCUGCACUCCAGGAGAAGACAAUCAUUUCAAAAAAAAAAAGUCGAGGAUACUGCGGAUGAGCGCGGCGGCUCUUGCAGCCGCGGUUUCUCUGUACGCUUGUCAUCCCUGUUGUGAUUUCGGCAGCCUGCCGUGUCAUUCGGCGAAAGGGGGAGAACGUGUUGCGUUUUUACAUUCUCGGCCAUCCUCCGAGGGGAAUUGUACGUUCUGUUUAAUUUGACGGCGAUUGUUAAUCCGCCCUGUGCCGUUUCUUUGUGAGGGUUACUUGGGUCAUUCCGCUCGCUCAUGUUCCGGUUAGGGAAAUACGCUGUUGCGUCUGCUAGGCACAGCUGGUUUAGUCAGACUUGACAACCUGGGUAUUUUUAGCUGGCGUUUGUCGCUGGCAGAAGCGGAUCUGGGGUUUAGAGACCACUGCAGACAGGCGCGUCAGGGGCCGAUUCCGCAGACGGCUCUCGAUUGACAGCAGACCCCCCAAUUUAGCGAAAGUCUCCCCCACCCCCCUCCCCUCCCCGCCCCUUUUCCUUCGGAUGGGGGGCAAGCAGAGCACGGCGGGGCGGCCUCGGGGAGCCUUUCCCGGUGUCUCGACGGAUGACAGCGCGGUGCCACCCGCGGCUCACUUCGGGCACUACCGGCCGGGCGGCACCAUGGGGCUGCGGAGCCGCUCCGUCAGCUCGGUGGCCGGGAUGGGCAUAGACCACAACGCGGCUGUGCCGUUCGGAUUUUACACCGCCCGGGGGACAGGGGACUCGGACAGAGCCGGCGGGGGCUCCAACGGGUCCAACGCCGCCCACGGGAACGGCUUCCAGGAGGCGGGCAGCGGGCACCACACGGACGGUAUGCUGUACCUGGGGUCCCGGGCGUCGCUGGCAGACACCUUGCCCCUCCACAUAGCGCCCCGGUGGUUCAGCUCUCAUAGCGGGUUCAAGUGUCCUCUAUGCUCCAAGUCUGUGGGGUCCAAUGAGAUGGAGGUUCACUUCAUCAUGUGUCUGAGCAAGCCCCGCCUCUCCUACAAUGAUGAUGUGCUGGCGAGGGAUGCUGGCGAGUGUGUGAUUUGCCUGGAGGAUCUGCAGCAGGGAGACACCAUUGCCAGACUGCCAUGUCUCUGCAUCUACCACAAAAGCUGUAUAGACUCCUGGUUUGAGAUUAAUCGGUCCUGCCCUGAACACCCUUCUGACUGACCCACAGCUAACUCUCUACUGCUAUAGGGCACUUUAUGGACCUAACCUGGACAUCUGGAUACUGAAAGCAACCAAAAAUCAUUCAACUAAUCAAUAGAGGAUACAGAACAAAGUGAACCAAAUGAAAAAAAAAAAACAUCAAACCACACUGACACCUCUGAAGGAGACCUGGAGCCCCUUCCCUCCUGCUUUCUGCCCCCCUCCUCCUGCGGCUGCCGCCUCCCUGCC